ACAUUGUUAAAGUAUUUGACAUAAACUUAAGCAACGAAAUGCAUAGAAAUUCGUUAAAAUCAGGGUUUUCGACGUUACAUGGCACAUAUUUAAAACUGAAGGACCAGGUGUAUAGAAUCAUACAUGACAAAAACUAUAAAAUGGCAGCCGUAAUCUGUGGACAGCACCUUACAGAAUGUUUUAUCAAAUAUGCUCCUUCUGUAUUUAUUCGGGAUCAUUUCAUCUUUGACUCUAUACCAGAUAUUAAUGAAAAUGGUAAUUCAAUUGUACUAUUGAAAGACCAAGAAGAAGAUUACUUUGAAAGACUGUUAUGUGACUUAAAAGAGAGUGACAUCACAAGUACAUUCCGCAAUAACCAGUUAAUAUAUCAGUCAUUUAUUGAUAAAUUAAUCAGCUUUUUUGGAAGAAGUCAUGAUGCAAAAUCAGUAUUAAAAAAGCUUGACAAAUUAGGUUGCAAAAUAAAAAUUGAUGCUGAUAAACAUGAAUAUUUGUUUCAAACACACUUUUAUACAACACCUUUAAUGGAAGCAGCAUCAAGAGGUUACCCAGAUAUUGUUCGCUUUUUGAUAAUUAAUCUUAAAUGUAAUGUGAUCGACACAGAGAAAAAGGACAUGUCACCUUUGUAUGAGGCAUCAGAAAGAGGACAUUCAGGAGUAGUAAAACUGUUAUUAGAAAGCAAUGCUAACAUACGUUAUUGUAACAGAUAUGGGCAGUCUUCAUUGUAUGUGGCCUGUGAAGGAGGACAUACAGAUACAGUACAACUGUUACUGCAGUACAAUGCGGAUGUCUCUCAGUGUGAAAAGAAUAGAAUGUAUCCUUUACAUGUGGGUUGUAAGAGAGGAUAUACAGAUAUAGUGCGAAUGUUACUGCAGUACAAUGCUGAUGUAUCUCAGAUGAACAAUAAUGGUGAUUUCGCAUUGCAUAUUGCCUGUAAAGGAAAACAUACAGAUAUAGUGAAACUGUUAUUGCAGUUCAAUGCAAAUGUCUCUCAAUGUGACAGUAGGAGAGAGUCUCCAUUGUACAUGGUCUGUAAAGAAGACCUUAAAGAUAUAGUGAUACUGUUACUGCAGUACAAUGUUGAUGUGAAUCAAUGUAACAGCAAUGAGGAGUCCGCAUUGUAUGUGGCCUGUAAAAGAGGACAUACAGAUUUAGUGAAACUGUUACUGCAGUACAAUGCUGAUAUCAAUCAGGGUAACAAUCAUGGAGAUUCUCCAUUAUAUAUGGCCUGUGAGGGAGGACUUACAGAUAAAGUGAAACUUUUACUGCAGAAUAAUGCUAAUGUCUCGAAGUGUAAUAGUUAUGAAGAGUCACCCUUGUAUGUGGCAUGUAAAGGCGGACAUACAGAUAUAGUUGAAAUGUUAUUGCAGCAAAAUGCGGAUGUAUCUAAGUGCAAUAGUUGUGGAGAGUCCCCAUUGUAUGUGGCAUGUACAGGAGGCUACACAAAUAUAGUAAAACGGUUACUGCAGAACAAUGCUGAUGUCUCUACGUGUGACAGGUGGGGAGAUUCACCAUUGUAUGUGGCAUGUAAAACAGGACAUACAGAUACAGCAGAACUGUUACUGCAGAAACAUGCUGAUGUCUCUCAGUGUAAUAGUUGUCGAGAAUCUCCAUUGUAUGUUUCCUGUAAAAAGGGGCAUGCAGAUUUAGUAGAACUGUUAUUGCAGUACAAAGCUGAUAUCCUCAAUUGUAAUCAAAAUGACGAAUCUCCCUUGUAUGUGGCCUGUCAUAGCGGACACAUACAUAUAGUAGAACUGUUACUGAAGAAUAAGGCUGAUGUGUCUCAGUGUGAACAAAAAAGAGGACAGUCACCUUUACAUGUGGCUUGUCAAAAAUUUUCAUUCUAUUACCUUCGAAAGGAUCACUAUUGGUAUAAGGACAACUAUACACGUUAUAUUGAAACUAUUAAACUAUUACUUGCAUGGAAUGCAAAUAUUACACUGUGUGAUUCAAAAGGUCAGACACCACUUGAUAUUGCCUUCAAAUCACAGUGUAUGGCAUUUGUAAAACUUUUUGAGGACAAUCUGCAAUUAAAAGCAUCACAAUCAAAUUAAACGUUCAUCAAUUUGAAUUUCAUAACCAGGAAUUAACAAUAACAAUGUAAGAAUAGUUAAGAAAUAAUUCAUCAAUUGUAUCUGUGAAAAGGACCUAUGUAGAUAAUAUAAAAUGUUGUGCUGAUGAGUUUAUGUAUUUUUUUUAGAAUAUGUAAAGAGUGCACAAGCCUGGUGUUGCUUUAACAAACUAAUCAAUUUAACAUCAUAUAAAGAUAACUUUAUUAGAAAAUAUAACAAAAAAUAUUCAGAAGAGUUUUUUAAGAUUUAUCUUAUCAUAGAUACCAGGAUUGAAAUUUUGUAUUUGCGCCAGACGCGCGUUUCGUCUACAAAAGACUCAUCAGUGACGCUCGAAUAAAAAAAAAGUUAAAAAGGCCAAAUAAAGUACGAGGUUGAAGAGCAGUGAGUAAAAAAAAUUUUGAGACAAAUUGGCAAUUAAUGUGCAAGUCUGUUUAUUUAAAAAUAGAAAAUAAGUAAUUUAUUGCAUUAUUCAUACUGUUUAAACAACAUGAACAAAUACCAAAUAUUUGUUGAGGUUCUAACACAUACAUUUUUUUUUCAAUUAAGCCAUUUAAGGGGAGAUAACCGAAACAGUAAAAUUUCUAAAUAUGAAUUUUAAAGAAAUUUUUACCAUUUACGUGUAGCAAGAAAACAAAUUUGGUGACACCAUUUAUAUUUUUCUUUUCUUAAAGCAUAUCAA